AUGUGGUCCGCCCCGCGCAAGAUGUUCAGCUCCUGCUGCCCUCCUGCCGCCAACAACGCCGUGGGAAUGAUCGUGCUGCAGAGCCUUCGUAUCUGCACCGUCAUCACUCUCCUCGUCAUGUGUAUGGCAUACUGGGUCGUCAUCAUCAAGGUGGACAAGUCGCGCACCUACUUUGUGUUCGAGUGUGCGUCGCUCUGCUUCAGCUCCAUCCUCUGCCUCGUCCUCAGUGCCGCCGAGUUCCCGGUGCACCCAAGAGUCCGAGGCUACUUCAGGUCAACCUGGCCAGUGCUGUCCGAGGCGCACGGCGUAGGAUACAUGGGAGCUGCCAUUCUCCUGCUGGGAUGCAACAUGCUAGGGGAACUCAACAGGCCAGACAACGAGGGCGACAAGCUCACGCCGCCUCUCUUCAACCUCGCCCUUGCCGCUGGCGUCCUCGCCUUCAUCUUUGGCGUUUUGAACAUCGUGUGCGCCCUGGUGUGGCGGAACAAAGGCGAAGGCAUCACCUCCCGCGAUAUCCGCGCCGACGGCGCCCUGGCCAAGGGCCGUCGGUCGUCUCUGCCGGGCUACUCCUCCAGUGCCUCGUCCUGCUACGGGAAAAAGGAGACGGUCAACUGGAACGGGCCAAAGGCCAGGGACGCAAACGAUAAGAAGCACAAGCAGUCUGCCCGGCCAGCCAUCAGCCCCCCCGUCGACCUCGAAAGCGGACACGACGAAAAGGAUCGCUAUAGCCCCCUCGCGCCUGAGAUUCAGCGACCCGACACUGCCAUGCACCCGAUAAACCUGAACACAAGCUCUGCAACCAGCAGUCGAUAUUCCGCGGCGGACAUGAAUCAAAUCUAA